AUGUCAUCGACAAUUGGAGUACGGGAUAUAGUGGUUCAAUUCCAAUCUGACACUUUGCAGCAGAUACGUGAUAACCACCCUCUAUUCAUGAGCCUUCAAUAUCCUCUUCUGUUUCCAUAUGGCGAGUAUGGUUUUCAUCCUGAGAUCUCAUUGCAUCUUGAGACAGGCACUUCAAGAACAAGGCAAUUCCUUACCAUACGCCAAUUCUACGCUGCUCAGAUACAGACACAUCUUAACCAAGGGUUGACGUUGAUUAAAGGCGGUCGUCUCCUCCAUCAAUAUGUUGUGGACGUUUAUACAGCAAUUGAAGAAGAUCGGUUAAGGUGGGCGAGGAAUAAUCAAGAUAUCUUGAGAGCCGAACUCUAUAGUAAUGUACUCGAUGAUGUUAGCAAGGGUGAAACUGAUGCUAAGAUUAUUGGUCAACGGUUCAUACUGCCUCCAAGUUUUACCGGUGGACCCCGAUACUUAGUUGAGAAAUACCAUGAUGCGAUGGCUAUUUCCAGAGAAUAUGGGAAUCCAGAUUUGUUUAUCAGAAUGACGGCCAAUCCUAACUGGAGAGAGAUUAAAGAUCACUUUGAUAGAUACGGUGGAGACUCUCCCAAUGAUAGACCGGACAUCGAAUGUCGAGUCUUUAAAAUGAAGUUAGAUCAGCUACUCAAAGAUUUCAAAAAAAGAACUUUCUUCAAGCCAUACACAGCAGCUCUUCACAGGAUAGAGUUUCAAAAAAGAGGGCUCCCUCAUGCACAUAUAUUAUUGUGGUUUGGAAGCUCUUCCAGGACACCAAGUGCAGAGGAGGUAGAUGAGAUUAUUUUGGCUGAGCUUCCAAACAGAGAAAAAGAUCCAGAGGCUUACAAUUUAGUAACGAAACACAUGAUCCAUGGUCCAUGUGGUGUCAUUAAUCUGAAGUCACCAUGUAUGGAGAACAACGUGUACACGAAAAAGUAUCCUCGCCAGUAUAAUGACAAUAAUUCGAUUGAUAAAUCAGGGUAUGUAUUAUAUCGUCGCCGCCGAAAUGAAAAUGCGUAUGUGGUAAAGGAUGGGGUGAUCCUAAACAAUACUUUCGUUGUGCCUCAUAACAUUAAGCUCCUAAAGAAGUACGAAGCUCAUAUUAAUGUUGAAUGGUGUAAUCGUACAAGCGCGGUCAAAUACUUAUUCAAGUAUAUAACCAAAGGUGUUGAUAGAGCAUCUGCAGUAAUUGAAAGGGGAAAUACGGAAACUGCCUCUGACCCAAUGGCUUCUGGCGAAACAAGUGAAAGAGUUAUCAAGCAACAAAAUGAGAUCCAAGACUACGUCGAUGCUCGGUAUUUAUCAGCUUGUGAGUCUAUGUGGUGGGCUUUUGCAUUCCACAUCCACAAAAGAAAGACAUCAGUUGAGAAGCUUAUCAUUCACUUUGAAGGUGAGCAUAACAUCACAAUUAAAUCAACUGAUAACCUCAGCCGUGUGAUCCGCAAGCCAGGUAUUGAGAAGAAGAUGUUCACUGAAUGGAUGGUCUUAUGCAGAAGGUCAGCGUUUGCACAAACAUUAACUUAUGUGCAAAUACCUGAAUAUUUCGUAUGGAACAACAGUUCCAAAAUCUGGUCCGAACGCAAGAAAGGAAAAACCAUUGGCAGGAUUGUAGCUGUCCAUCCAUCGACAGGUGAUCGUUACUAUCUAAGGAUCCUCAUAAACAAGAUUAAGCGUCCUAGAAGUUACGACGAGUUAAAAACGUUUAACAAUGUGAAAUAA